ACUUACCUGAGAUUACGUCCGGGAUGCCCCAGUGGAGCACGAAUGGGGAAGUCCCCAGGGCGGGCGCAAUCUACAACGGUAGGCAAGAAAUCGAAACUCAGCUGUUGAAACCGCUGCCCCUGGUCUUUGGAAUCGCAUCACGAGACUCGCUAAGCAACCCAGCCUGAAACCCCACUGAGGCUGCGGCACCCGGGGCCCAGCGGACUCAGAACCAUGUACACUCGCAGUAGGCUGUUGGGCUCCGGGCUCGGCUCCUCCUCCGCCUCCCGCCCGGCCCGGGACCCCUCUGGGCAGCCUCGAGAGCCGGACCCGCUGCAAGGCCCGGAGCAAGGUUUGAAGGCGACUUCAGAGAACCCUUUGCGGGAGAGAGUGGAGCACACGAGCCAGAGACUAGUAGGUGCAUACACCUUGAUAGCACCAAAUGAAAACAGAAGAAGUCAGAUACAAAGGGUUGCUGAGAAAGAGCUAGAGAACCUGGCGAAGUGGAAGGAGCAACAUAGAGCGAAGCCAGUUCACCUGAUGCCGAUGCGGCUAGGUGGAAGUGAAUCAGAGGCUGAAGUCAGGCAGAAACAACAACUCCAACUGAUGCAAUCUAAAUACCAGCAGAAGCUAAAAAGAGAAGAAGCUGUAAGAAUCAAGAAGGAAGCUGAAGAAGCUGAAAUCCAAAAAAUGAAGGCAGUUCAGAGAGAGAAGAGUGAAAAACUAAAGGAGAAAAAAAGACUUCAAGAAAACCUCAGAAGAGAAGCAUUUAGAGAGCAUCAGCAAUACAAAACUGCUGAGUUCUUGAGCAGACUGGAGACAGAGUUGCCAAACAGAAGUAUCUGUCAAACUGCUCAUCAUAACCCACAAUCUUCACCUUGGGCCAGAAGCCAGGUGUAUAAGGAUUCUCUAAAGGAAGAAGAAAAUCGAAAAUUACAAAAGAUGAAGGAAGAACAACAUCGGAAGAGUGAAUUACUGGAAUUUAAACAACAGCAACAGGAGGAAGAAAGAACCAGAAACCAUCAGGCUGAGCACAGGAGGGUAAAUAAUGCUUUUCUGGACCGACUCCAAGGCAAAAGUCAACCAGGUGGCCUGGAGCACUUUGGAGGCUCUUGGAAUAUGAAUAAUGGUAACAGCUGGGAUAUAUAAGAAAUGUUUACUUAACAUCUGGCCUUUGUCAACUGGCCUUGAAAACACCCAUGAGAUACUUUCUUUAAGUGCAAUUUUGUUCACCAUCACUGCUUUCACCUUGACUUCAACUGACUACCCACACAGCUAGCUGAGCAGCUGGGUAUGACAGGUUUCUCACUGUCAUUAUUUAAGCAUGUUUGCAGGUGCUGAUUACUAAACUCAUAUUUAAUCUCUAUUGCCAAUGAAAUGUUACAGUAUUUUUUGUACUGGUUUUGCCUCUUAUUGGAAGUAUAAUUACAGCAAUGUUAGUAAGAUAGAAUAUGAGAGCAUUCUUUGAUGCUUUCUGGUUAGUGAGAGCUAUGGGUGCUGCAUGCAUGUCUGUCUAAGCGGCUAAUUCUCAGAUCAGAUUAGGAAAGCUUUGGGCUCUUUUUAGCUUUUAAUCCCUACUUUCUUAAUUCAGUGUAUAAAUGUGAGCAAAAAAUAUUUUAAUCUCUUUGAAACAAAUUAAAUAAAUUUUGAACUACCUUUGUAUAAA